AUGUUGAAGAUGAUGUUUUCCACUCCUGUCGCAUCAUCAUCUUCAUCAUCAUCAUACAACAACAAGAACAAGAACAACAACAGCAGAAUGAAUAGUAAAAGUAGUCGCAGUAGUAUCAAUGAUUGGAAAAAGAGGAAUGAGAAGACUCUUUGUCGGGAGGAGGUCGUUUUUACGUCUUCGAGAGGAGGAUUAAGAGGAGGAAAAAGAGGAGGCGUUGUAUUCGUAGCAUCAGCAUCAUCAUCAUCCGCAUCAAAAUCAGAAGACGUGAAAGGCAUCACGCCGUCGGAAGAGAUCAGGAAAGCGGCUGUGUUGGCGGUGAGUUCGUGCGUGACCUCGACGGCGUUGCCAAUCUUGGAAACGAAAAAAUUCAAAAGGUACGAAGGAAAAGUCAGAGAUACGUACGUGAACGAUGAUAUAUUAGUCGCGGUGACGACGGAUCGUCAAUCCGCGUUUGAUCGACACUUGGCGAACAUCCCGUUUAAAGGCGCCGUGUUGAACAUGACGGCGUUUUGGUGGUUCGAACAGACGGAGAAGAUAUGUCCGAACGCUGUUUUAGUGAAACCGCCGGUGCACCCGAACGUUUCGAUUAUGCGCAAGUGCGAGGUCUUUCCGAUUGAGUUUGUCGUGAGAGGGUAUUUGACCGGAUCCACGAGCACGAGUUUAUGGACGCACUAUAAAAACGGAGGCCGGAACUAUUGCGGGAACCCGUUGGAGGACGGGAUGGAGAAGAACGUGAAGUUGCCGAAAAAUAUCGUCACGCCGACGACGAAGGAAAAGGAGCACGACCGGCCAAUCAGUUUAGAAGACAUCGUGAAAGAAAACUGGAUGAAUAAAGAGGAUUUAGACUACUGCGUGGAGAAGACUUUGGAGAUUUUCAACUUUUCGCAACGAGUGGCCAAGGAAAGAAACUUGAUCUUAGUGGACACGAAGUACGAGUUCGGGAAAGACCCAAAGACUGGGAAAAUCUAUUUAAUCGAUGAAAUCAACACCCCGGAUUCCAGUCGGUAUUGGAUUCAAAACACGUACGAAGAGCGCGUGUUGAAGAACAAACAAGAACCGGAUAUGAUUGAUAAAGAGUUUUUGCGCUUAUGGUUCGCGGACAGAUGCGAUCCGUACGACACGUCCAAACCGUUGCCAGAAGCACCGACUGAUUUAAAGUGUGAAUUGAGCGCGAAGUACGCGCUGCUCUUCGAGAUGAUCACCGGCGAAAAAUUCCAAAUCCCGGAGUUGCAAUCCAACACGGACGCCAACGCCAACGUCAACGAGAAAAUUAAAGAAGCGUUGGAAAAAAUGUGA